AUGAGUUUGGCACCAAAAAUAGACGAACUUCGUAUUUUUUUGAACACCCACGAGUUUGAUCUUUGUUGUAUAACGGAGACAUGGCUGAAAGAUUCUAUUGAUGACAGCGUAGUUGACAUUAGUGGCUACAACAUCAUACGCAAAGAUAGGACCCACAAGCUACAUGGGGGUGUGGCUCUAUAUGUAAAAGAUUCCAUCAAAUUCUCAAUUCUACGGGACUAUGAGUUUCCUGACCCCGAGGGCCCUGAGGUUUUGUGGGCCAAAAUCACGCCCAACCGAUUGCCCCGGGGUUAUAGCUGCCUUAUCAUUGGUACAGUAUACCAUCCUCCACCGCCUGCCAAAGAUGAGCCCCUCCUUGAUUACAUGAUGGAUUCUCUCUCUAGGAUAGAGAGUGAUAUCCCUGGCGCAGGUAUAAUUCUCGCUGGCGACUGGAACAGGGCAAAUGUUUCACCAGUUAUUAAGCAGUUCCGCCUCACGCAAGUCGUCCAUUUUCCAACAAGAGGGGAUCGUACACUCGACAAAGUGCUAACUAAUCUUACAGAACACUACGAGAAACCUUCUCCAUUCCCGCCCUUCGGACUAUCCGAUCAUUGUACUGUUGGUUUGUUUCCAAAAAUUAGAUCGAAGGCCAAUAUUCCUGCAAACAGAACGGUUACUACACGUGCUGUUAACGCUGAGUCCAAACAGGCUUUUGGUCGUUAUAUGACGGGGGUCGACUGGUCAUUAAUCGACACUAUAGAUAGCGUCCAAGAACAGUAUGCUCACUUCAGUGACCUAAUUCACAUAGGGUUAGAUUCUAUCCUUCCCAAAAAGCGAGUUAAGUUCCACCGAAACGACGCACCAUGGAUUUCACCCAAACUCAAGGCACUUAUAGCACACCGUCAAAGGGCAUAUUACCAAGACAACAAACCAUUGUUCCACUACUACCGGAACAAAGUAAACAGGGAACGGAAGCUCUGCAAACGCUCUUAUUACAACACUAAAGUCAGCGUUUUGACCGAAAACAAUCCUAAAAUGUGGUGGUCCGAAUGUAGGCGGUUAUGUGGAAUGAACAAAACAUCUACAAGUGUCGCAAAUCAACUCCUAGCAAUUAAACCAGCUACCUCAAUCAACCUUAAGAUCUUGGCUAAUGAAAUCAACACAGCUCUGCUAGAACCUCAAGCUUCGUUUGACCCACUUUUAGAUAAUAUCGAAACUGUGAGCACUGAGGGUUUUAAAACUCCCAUUAUUUCACUGGAAGCUACCUUCAAAUGCCUUAGUACGGUCAGCUCCUCCAAAGCUGGGGGCCCAGAUAAUAUCCCAAACUGGGUCUUGCGUGACUUCGCUCCUGAGCUCGCUCAACCUCUUCGUUGUAUCAUCAAUUCCUCGAUUAGUCAAGGGACUUUACCGAACAUUUGGAAAUGUGCAAACAUCACCCCUCUUCCCAAAACAAAGAUAGUUGAGGAUGCGGCGAAAGAUUUGAGACCUAUUUCACUGACACCAACGUUGUCCAAAAUUGCCGAGCACUACGUCGUCCAUGAACAUGUGAAACCAGCACUUCUGAAACGCCUGGAACCCGAUCAAUUUGGGUGUAUUCCAGGAUCCUCCACUGCGCAUGCAUUGAUAAACCUGAUGCACAAUUGGGCGCAAGCAACAGACGGAACGGGGAACACCGUGCGGAUCUUUGCGUUGGACUAUAGAAAAGCCUUCGAUCUGAUAGAUCACAGCCUCUUGCUAUCGAAACUCUCGACCUACAAUAUCAACCCUUACAUCAUUAAUUGGAUAAUAGCCUUUCUUAAAGAUAGGAAACAAAGGGUCAAACUUGCACAUGAUUGUCUCUCAGAGUGGGGAUCGGUCCGAGCAGGAGUACCGCAGGGAACAAAAUUGGGACCGUGGCUAUUCUUGGUUAUGAUAAAUGAUUUGAAAGUACCAUCAGCCAGUGAUUGUAUAAAAUAUGUAGAUGACACGACAGUGUAUGAAAUCAUAAGCAAGGGUGGUCCUAGCAAUGCUCAGUCUAUGAUAAACGAAGUAGCUACCUGGUCAACACUUAACUCGUUUCAACUUCAUCCGAAAAAAUGUAAUGAGCUAAGAGUUUCCUUCGUGCGCUCCCCUCCUUCCUACGAUCUCAUAGAAAUUAAUGGCUCUAAGGUUAGCGCCGUUAGUGUCGUGAAAUUACUGGGUGUGUAUUUUCAAGACAACCUCAAGUGGAACACUCACGUUACUGAGACGAUUAAAAAGGCCGCUAAGCGCCUUUACUUUUUAACUCAGUUAAAGCGAGCUAAGGUACCAUCACCAGAAUUAGUGAAUUUUUAUGUUGCUUGCAUUCAAUCCGUCUUACUUUAUGGAUGUCAGGUCUACCAUUAUAGUCUCCCCGAUUAUUUGAGCUUAAGUUUAGAGCGUGUCCAAAAGAGAGCCUUGAAAAUUAUAUACGGUUAUGAUAAUCAUUAUAGAGAAGUGCUUCAGAUGGCAGAGCUGAAAACCCUAAGGGAUCGGAGAGAAGAUCUUUGCUUAAAAUUCUUUAACAACAUCGUCUCCAAUCCCUUGGAUUUGGGAAAGGUUAAAACAACUUUAGAAGGGCUGGAAGCCAUCAGCGACCCAGUAAAGUUCAAGCAAGAAGCUUCUUUUAAUACACCUUUAAGGUUCAAAGCAGGAUAUACAAAGCCUAUUGUGGCUUUUGAAGACAAGCAAGAAUUUAUCAGAUGUAUCUGCCUUCACCAGCUCAUUUUAUCAACCCAGUCUGAAAUUGAUCAUUUUAUUAAAGGACUGAUGACAAAUGGCAUCUUGGAUAUGAUUAGAAACAAUCCAGACAAAUAUCACAAGUUACUGCAGCAUGAUAAUAACGAGAGGCUAACUGCUGACAUUGUCGACAACCAGUUUCAUUGCAUUUUUUCUGAUCAGGGGAGAAACAAACGAAGAGGUGAAGAAGCUAUAGCCUUCAACUUCUCAAAUUACCUGGAAGAUGUUGAUCAAGGCUUAGUGACCUCAAAUGUCCUAGAUCCUGACACAGAAGAGAUUCAGACCAGUGAAAUGGAACUUGCAUAUGUUUUGCAGUUUGUAACAGGAUGUGAUGGAACACCUGCUAUUGGAUUUGACACAAGUUUAACUAUCAUGUUUGAUCACAAUAAGCCCCAUAGGAAACUAACAGCAAACACCUAG